UGCUGCAGAACAACAUUUACGGUGGAUGAGGAGUUAAGCUGUGCACAGCGGCACAUCAGCUUCAUCUACACAUUCAUUCUGUUCUGGUAGUCAUGUUUCCAAAGUCUUUUCAAUCCCUGGCUUUUGAAAAAGUGUCCUUUGUGGUUCUCAUCGUGACCUGUGGCAUCACAGUGACCUCCCUACCCACUGACAUCGAGAAGGGAAGAAGAAAAGUGGUGCAUGUUCUCGAGGAUGACAGUGGGGCGGUCAUUGUGCAAACAGCUCCUGGUAAAGUGAUUACACAUCGCGGUGGCUCCAUCACUCUGCCGUGCAGAUUCCAUCACGAGCCAGAAAACACUGACCCCGCUCGCAUACGCAUUAAAUGGACCAAAGUGACAGAUGCACUGCAGUUUGAGGACGUCUUUGUAGCACUUGGAAGGCAGCAGCGAGUGUUUGGCCCUUACCGAGGCCGUGUGUUUCUGGAGCAGGGAGGACCAGGCGAUGCCUCAGUCAUCAUCCAAAACGUCACUCUGGAGGAUUACGGACGCUAUGAAUGUGAAGUCACUAAUGACAUGGAAGACGACACAGGAUUUGUGAACCUUGAUCUAGAAGGGGUGGUGUUUCCUUAUUACCCCCGUGAGGGGCGCUAUAAGCUCAACUACCACCAGGCUGAGGAUGCCUGCAAACAGCAGGACGCCAUUCUGGCCUCACACUCUCAACUGCACAAGGCCUGGCUGGAGGGACUAGACUGGUGUAAUGCUGGGUGGCUGGAGGACGGCUCAGUCCAGUACCCCAUCUCUCAUCCCAGAGACGAGUGUGGCCGCAAGGACACCCCAGCUGGUGUUCGUAACUAUGGCUACAGGCAUAAGGAGGACGAACGCUAUGAUGGUUUCUGUUUCACAUCCAAGCUGAAUGGCAAAGUGUACUUCCUCAAACGCUUCAAGAAGGUGAACUACGCUGAGGCCACGAAGGCCUGCAUCCGAGACGGUUCUGUGGUGGCCAAAGUGGGUCAGCUGUAUGCAGCGUGGAAAUUCCAGCUCCUGGACCGCUGUGAAGCCGGUUGGCUGGAGGACGGCAGCAUCCGUUACCCCAUAGUAAACCCCCGCUCUCGCUGCGGAGGAUCCCAGCCAGGCGUGCGACACCUGGGCUUCCCCGAUAAAAAGUUCCGCCUCUACGGGGUCUACUGUUUCCUCAAGAAUAAGGACGAAAGAGAAGGAGGCACUGACAUGAAGAGAAGCCCUGCAGAAAGCUUGACAAAGAGCAAGAGCAGCAACAACAUCCCCAUGAAUGCCACGCGAGUGAUUUAAAGUGGAAAGACUGAGUGCGGGGGGGGGGGAAGAUUUUAGAUUUUGCUGUAACUGUCGCCUAGGGUGAUUUUCCAUUUUGUCUAAAGCCAGUCAAUCAUCUUAAGGAGUAUGUUAGCUAAUCUGUCAUCAGGAAAGUGUUAGAUUAAACAGCAGCUUGAUCAUCAAUCAGACAUACAUCAAAUCAGAGAGUCUGCCGUUAAACCCUUGUUUACAUGUUUAAAUGUGUGUGUGAGCACUGAGCCUCAGUCAGAGCUAGAAUCUCAGUGCCAGGGUGAAAGGAUUAAUUAGCUGGUGAGAUGAGAUGAUCUGCUUCACCAUACAAAAAAAAUAAAAAAAAUCCAAGAUACUGUGGUAGGGUUUUGAUUGUAGAAAGUGCAAUUGCCUGCAACGGAAACCAUGCUUGGCUUGCAACCCUCUGGCACAAUUGUGACUCAUGUUUCUCAUUAACUAAGACCUGGCAAUCUCAUUAUCAUCAGAGCUGCACAAGCCAAGCAGUAAAUAUUGCACUAGCUCUUCAAAUAUUUGCACUUUAACUGCAUAGGACUACAUUUUAGUACAGCAUUUUAGCUUGAACUUUAGCGAGCAUGUAUUAGAGCGUAGUCACCAGGGCUGAAUUAGCAAAAAUGCAAAGCUAAAGCAAAUGCUAUUUACCUCAUUAUGCUGCACUUCUGAGCUACUUGGAUCACCAACUGCACUAUAAAUGUUACCUUAUCUCAGAGAAUGUUUGUCACAAUAGAAUGUUCUGGGG